AUCAUUCUCGAGUCAGUCCUCACAAAGUUCAUUACAAUGUCGUCGGUAUCCAUGAUCGUUCUGUGCGCUUCUGCACUUUUCGUCCAGACCAUCUCUGCUGAGUGCCUACGUGCCCCUGCUUGGGAUACGUGGAAGCCAGCGCCGGCUCCCAUCGCCUGGGCCCCCAGCUGCAGCGCGGUUAACUACGGCAACAUCAUCGCUUCUAACUCGGCAUCUACUAGCGGCGGCGGCUUCGGUGUGAUCUCCUCCUCCCUCUACGCACCUAGCGGUCUUACCGUGCUCUCCGAAAACGACAUUUCAGGCAUGCUUGAUGCGUCUGGUAAUCUCCCAGUGCUCGCCGCCGUCACUCUGGAAGGCUCGCUACCGACCAGCGGUUCAGCUGGAGCUACCUACAGCUGCGGAAACGAACUGGUGGGCAUCGAUAGCGACAGCAUUGCCGCUGCUGGCAUCGACACUGCGAGCUACAAUGCCGGCUAUGGCUCUGCUUUCGGCCCAAAAGCCUUUGGCCCCCGUGCCUACCCUGCUCCCUCGUUCAAGGCUGCGCCCUGUGGAUGCUACUGAAAAUAAUAGUCUUAAGACCUAAGUGAUUACAAACCAGAAUGAAAUAAACUUUUGACCAUGGUA